GAAUAAAUGAAUAGGUCAUUAACUAACAUUAUAUGAUGAUUCACAUUUAUUAUAGUGUUGCAAAACUCCCUUUGAUCUUGAACCAAACAGGUGCCAAUUCUGCCAUUGCUUGGGAAGUUCAAAGGUAUGAUGGGUGGUACAAUAAUUUGGCAGAUCACAAUCGAGGGGCUACAGGUGCAGCACUGGUCCGUCUCUUUCCGGCACAGUACACGGAUGGUGUUUAUCUGCCCCGACAGGAACCACACCUGCCCAACCCCCGCCAGAUAAGCAACAUAGCCAUGAGUGGCCAAUCCGGACUCUUGUCCUACAGGAACAGAAGCGUUCUCUCUGUAGCCUUCGGUUAUCAUGUGUGGUCCGAGAUCUCAGAAUCCCGAAGACCUGGUUGCCCACCUGAGUUCCUGCAUAUUAAAGUCCAAAAAGAAGAUCCUGUCUUUGGCUCUAACUCUUCGCAACCGGUCCUGCUCCAGUUCCAGAGAGCAGAGUGGGAUCUGAGCACAGGCAAUAGUCCCAACAAUCCUCGCACACAGGUGAAUCACGUGACAGCAUGGAUAGAUGGCAGCUCCAUCUAUGGAUCGUCCAGCUCAUGGUGUGAUGCCUUGAGAGUGUUUUCCAGAGGACUGCUGGCAUCAGGCUCCUCACAGGACAUGCCCCGGCGCAGCAGCAGCGGUUACCUCAUGUGGAGCGCACCGGACCCCAGCACCAGCCCCGGCUCUCAGGAGCUCUAUGAGUUCGGGAAUGCCUGGGCCAAUGAGAACAUCUUUACGGUCACUGAGGGAAUUAUUUGGUUUCGUUACCACAAUUACCUGGCCUCCAAACUGCAUAAGGAACACCCCUCUUGGUCAGACGAAGAGCUUUUCCAAAAUGCCCGAAAGAGGGUUAUUGCCACAUUUCAGAAUCUAGCGUUCUAUGAGUGGCUGCCGGCCUAUCUGGGAAUACCAGUGACUUCCUAUCCAGGUUAUCAAAAAUACGUUGAUCCAGGGAUCUCUGCUGAGUUUGAAGCUGCUGCUGUGAGGUUUGGACUGACUCUUGCUCCACCUGGUGUAUAUAAAAGAAACAGGACGUGUCACUACAAAAGCGCUGUGAACAACGAUGCAAGUAAAUCUCCUGGCCUGCGUUUAUGCAACACCUUCUGGAACCGAAAUAAUCCAAACAUGCAGUCCAGUCAGGAUGUAGAUGAGCUAAUAAUGGGCAUGGCUUCUCAGAUCGCUGAGCGAGAGGACAACAUCAUUGUGGAGGAUUUGAGAGACUACAUGUACGGCCCCUUGCGGUUCUCGCGCUCUGAUGCAGUGGCUUUGACCAUCCAGAGGGGGCGUGAUUUUGGGCUGCCCAGUUAUAACCAGAUCAGAGAGAGCCUCAACAUGCGGCCGGUCAACAGCUGGGACGAGAUCAACCCUAAACUCAAUAACACACAGUUGUUAAGGGAGCUCGCAGAGUUAUAUGAGAAUGAUACCUCCAGACUAGAUCUAUUUGUGGGCGGCCUGCUAGAAUCACAGGAAGGACCAGGUCCAGUGUUUUCCAGCAUCAUCCUGGACCAGUUUGAACGCAUAAGAAACGCUGACCGGUUCUGGUUUGAGAACAAACAAAAUGGGUUGUUCACUGAGGAGGAGAUCCAAGCCAUACGUAACACCACAUUUCAUGAUGUCCUUCUGGACGUCACCGGUGCAGAGGAGGGCGACAUUCAAAGAAAUGUAUUCUUCUGGGUGAACGGUGAUCCCUGCCCCCAGCCUCAGCCAAUCACAUCCUCCGAUCUUCACCCCUGCACAAAGGCCUCCUCUAUGAGUUACUUUGACAACAGCAGCAAGGCUGGUUUUGGUGUAACGGUGGUGGCGCUCUUCCUGUUUCCUGUUGCAAGCUACAUCGUAGCUUGUGUAGUUGCUCGUGUCCGGACAGCCAGAUACAAACGAUUCCAAAAGAAGCUCAGAGGUUCCACCACAGACAAGAAACCUGCACAUGAAACUUUUGCCAAAGAGUGGUUAGGGCACAAUACAGCACCCCGACAAGUCGCACUUGCGUUCAACGAGAAGACAGUACUCCAGACCUUUGAUGAGAACGGGUCUCUUCUCAGUUCUCACAGCUUGGGCAAUCAAGACCACCUUAAUGUGUUAAUAUCCAAUGACCAUCAGCAUCGUGCUCUACUCUUGAAGAUCCCCAAAGAGUAUGAUCUGGUUUUGUUCUUUGAGGAUGUUGGUCAGAGGUCAAAGUUCCUGGGUCACCUGCGCUCUGAGUUGGAGGGCAGAAUUCUAACUGUAAAGGAAAUGAGUGAGAAAGAGAUUCUCAGAGAUGCAGUGACCAGAGCACAGAGGGAAAAGAUUGUGGAGACGUUCUUCAAGCACGCUUUUUCAAAGGUCUUGGACAUUGAUAAAAGUGAUGCAGGAGACUUGAGCAAUAGGACCAGAGAAGCUUUACAGUGUGAGCUCACACGAGUUGAAUUCGCCAGCGUGCUCGGUCUGAAGCCUGACUCACUCUUUGUAGAGUCCAUGUUCACACUGGCUGACAAGGACGGUAACGGAUACCUUUCGUUUCGGGAGUUCUUGGAUGUUAUUGUCAUUUUCAUGACAGGUACUCCCGAGGAGAAGUCCAAGCUUCUGUUUUCAAUGCAUGACAUUAAAGAAGAUGGCUUCUUGUCCAAGGAAGAGUUCACUUCCUUACUCAGGUCUUUCAUUGAUAUCUCUGGAAGUGCUUUAUCUAAGAGUCAGGCUGAGGAUGGUAUAGCAGCUAUGCUUCAGGCAGCAGGUCUUGAUAACAAAGAUUGCUUCUCCUGGGAGGACUUUCACUUUCUGCUGCGAGACCAUUCAGCUCAGCUCAAUAUUAAAGGCAUGGAAGUACUUGGUAAGAAAAAACUAUCCAGACAACAGCAAGUAUCUUUCAUUAAGAAAAAUAGUUCUUCAGCCGUGGAAGAGCUUACUCACAGGCCUGAGGGGGAGCAAGACCAGGAACUUCGUCAAAGACAGAUCAAGAAGAGCUCAGCUAGGGGUACUCCCGAGGAGAAGUCCAAGCUUCUGUUUUCAAUGCAUGACAUUAAAGAAGAUGGCUUCUUGUCCAAGGAAGAGUUCACUUCCUUACUCAGGUCUUUCAUUGAUAUCUCUGGAAGUGCUUUAUCUAAGAGUCAGGCUGAGGAUGGCAUGGAAGUACUUGUUCUUCAGCCGUGGAAGAGCUUACUCACAGGCCUGAGGGGGAGCAAGACCAGGAACUUCGUCAAAGACAGAUCAAGAAGAGCUCAGCUAGGGCUCAUCAGCCUCAACAGGAAGAAGGUGGAGAUCCCAGUGGUGAAAGCCGAGCUGCUGCCCUCAGAUGUAACUUACCUGGAGUUUAAGCGUCCACAAGGUUUUGUCUACCGCUCAGGACAGUGGGUACGUAUUGCAUGCCUGGCGCUGGGCACAGAUGAGUACCAUCCUUUCACCCUGACCUCCGCACCACAUGAGGAGACCCUCAGCCUUCAUAUCCGUGCAGUGGGACCCUGGACCAGUAAACUCCGAGAGGCCUACACCCCUGAGAAACUCCAGGAGUUUGGAGGAUAUCCAAAGCUGUAUCUGGAUGGGCCAUUUGGGGAGGGUCAUCAGGAGUGGAAAGACUAUGAGGUGUCAGUAUUGGUGGGUGCUGGGAUUGGAGUCACACCCUUUGCUUCCAUCUUAAAAGACCUGGUGUUCAAAUCUUCAGUCAAGUUCAAAUUUCACUGCAAAAAGGUGUAUUUUAUCUGGGUGACACGGACUCAGCGUCAGUUCGAGUGGGUGUCUGACAUCAUAAGAGAGGUGGAGGACAUGGACGCUCAGGAGCUGGUGUCAGUGCACUUCUACAUCACACAGCUGGCUGAGAAAUUCGAUCUCCGCACCACCAUGCUGUAUGUCUGUGAGCGGCACUUUCAGAAGGUGUGGAACAGGAGUCUGUUCACUGGCCUGCGCUCCAUCACACACUUCGGCCGCCCACCCUUUUUGGCUUUUCUCAGUUCGCUACAGGAAGUUCAUCCAGAGGUGGAGAAGAUCGGCGUGUUUAGCUGUGGUCCUCCCGGUCUGACUAAGAAUGUUGAGAAGGCCUGCCAGCAAAUGAACAAACGCGACCAGACACAUUUUGUUCACCACUAUGAGAACUUCUAGACUGUAUGAUUGAAUCAUAUAAGAAAUACUUAACAACAAAUCACUGAAUCAUCGGUAUUGAUUCAUUUUGAAUGGCCUGGAAUACAUUAUUCAAUUUAAAACAGCCUGAGUUGCCAUUACUAGUUGGUAAAGUUGAGGUCAUAUGAAUCUAUACAUUUUUUGCAUUGUUUUCUGUGUUUCUCUCUUUGAAUGCAAAAGUACAUAUAAAUGAUGCACACUGUAGUUUUAGUUGUAGUUUAUUUCAUUUAUUUGUAGAGGGACAACGCACAACAACAGUGUUGUGCCAGAGUUAGCUAUAAAGCUAAUUUGCAUCUGCAGUCCCUGGGCAGGAUGUUGUUACAAAAUUACAAUAUUAAGUCACAAACA